GUAUGAUUAACUUAAUCAUAACCACUUUAAGUAUUCGGUCGACAUAACAGAUUACCCGCAGAUAAUGUUAAUAACAAGGUUCUGUAAACUAUAUUGAUUCUCGCUAUAUUAAAAAAUGUUGCAUACUAUUUAAACGAAUUCAAUGUUCCAGUAUACUUCAUAUGUUGAAGGUAUCUCCUGGAUUCUUCUUCUUUUGGUGACACUCCAUUUCUGGAGGUUGGCCGACAGUCUCGUGAAGCUUGUCCUAGAAAGAAUAAUAUAUGUAGUAAUCAAGUUGGUAGUAUGAAUAACAAAACCGUUUCAAUGUAAUUUUUUUACGUAAGAUCUAUAAAAGUUUUGCAAUAUCCGAGUUAUGAUAAUUGUUUCUCAAUUUGCAUGGCGUAUUCUAUAAUUAUUUGUAACGACCGCAAUUUUCCGUAAUCUCAAUAUCAUUCAAGUGCUUGCUAUAUCUUUACCUAUUGAAAAAAUAUUUUUUAUUAUCUGACGCACAGAAUCAGACCAUUUCUCUUCAUUGUCUUAUUGCUAAUUAAUAUCACUGAUAUUUUACAUCGAGAAAAUGUUUUAUUGAAAUCAUAUUAUUAUGUUAAUAUUUGGAACGAAUUAAUGAAUAGAAUAUCAAUGAUAUUUAUAUUAAUAGUCUAUAGUGUUAAGAAAAUCCCACCUUACAAUUACAAAGCAACCUGACGCUACAAUUAACAGCUAGCAUAUAUAAGGCAAGAUUUAUCUCCACUCAGUUAAUAAUAUUCUAAUUACAUACAGUAAUAACGCAUAUUUAUACACACACAACGUCACUAUUCCGGUAAGAGAACAAUAAACUUUUCUAACGUUUUAUUUCACAUUUAAUUUCUUCACUUUCACUUGUGAUUACUCAGAGAAAUGAUAAAAUUAAGAAGAAUCUUGAUAGCAUUGAUGGCGGUGUCCUACUCAGCAGCCCAUCUGCCAACGCUACCAAUUCGAAUCUCCAGUGGCCUACUUCGUGGAACUGUUGCUCUGGAUAAUUCGCAUGUUAGAUAUCACGGUAUACCUUAUGCCGUUGCAAAUAGAUUUCAGAGUCCAAAACCAGCACCAAAAUGGGAAGGAAUUUUUGAUGCUAUCAAUGAAUACAGUCGAUGUCCACAACGAUUUUUAAGUUUUGUUAUAGGAAAUGAGGACUGUCUUACUCUUAAUGUUUACGCUCCAAUAAAGCGAAGAAAUCGGCCUUACCCCGUGAUGGUAUUUAUACACGGCGGAGGCUUCAGAGAUGGAUCUGGAUCACCUUAUAUAUACGGACCAGAAUUUUUGGUCAACCAUAAUGUUAUUCUGGUCACAUUUAAUUAUCGUCUUGAAGUUUUGGGUUUUCUUUGCCUGGGCAUAAAGGAAGCUCAAGGAAAUAUGGGCUUAAAGGAUCAAGUGGAAGCUCUACGUUGGGUGAGAAAAAAUAUAAUAGCUUUUGGAGGUGAUCCCGAUAAUGUUACAAUAUUUGGUGAGAGUGCAGGUUCCGCUUCUGUGCUCUAUCAUAUCUUAUCACCAAUGUCCAAAGGUUUAUUUCAUAAAGCUAUAUUAGAAAGUGGUUCUGCGAUGUCAUUUUGGGCGACACAGUUUAACCCUAAGGAUAUAGCGUUUCGCCUUGCACAACAAUUGAAAUACAACACGACGGAUGUAUAUGAAGUCUUGGAUAUUUUCAAAGAGAAAACUGCAGCGGAGUUACUUAGCACAAGGGUGCCUAGAUCUAAUGGAGAUAUAGUGCAAUCGGAAAAUAUAUUUGUCCCUUGUAUUGAGAAUUCGAUUCCUGGAACUGAAGCGUUUUUAACAGAUAGCCCCUAUGUUGUACUUAAUAGCGGCAAAUUUAAUAAAGUGCCUGUAAUAAUUGGAUUUAAUAACGCAGAAGGAUAUAUGUUUGUGGGAAAGGAAAAUACAACAACUAAGUCUAUGUUUAACUUCCUUGACUCGCUACCUCGAGAUUUACAAUUUCCGGAUAGUAGUGCAAGGUUAGAGACUGCAGAAAAUCUAAAAAAUAUAUAUUCUUCCAAACAAAAUAGUUCAGAUGUCAGUGUAGACAGCUUAGUUAAAUAUGAAGGUGAUGCUGGAAUUAGAUUUCCUGUCGUAUCUACAACGGAUUUGUUGAUAAAAAAUUCUGGGGAACCAGUAUUUUCUUACAAGUUUUCAUACAGCGGUUUAUUAAAUUUAGUAAAGAUAUUUUACGGAUUUGGUACAAGCCCUGGUGCAUCACACGGUGACGAGCUCCCUUAUAUAUUUAAAAUAGAAGGUUUUUGGCCAAUAGCAAAAUUAGAGAUGAAAAUGAUUGAUAUAAUGACAACUAUGUGGAGCAAUUUUGCAAAGUAUAGUAAUCCAAUCCCAUUCAAGACGGCGCAGCUUCCAGUAAAGUGGGAACCGGCGACCCUCAAGGAACCCCAUCAGUUAGUCAUUAAUACGCGCAUGUCUACCGCGCCUUUAUGGGAAGAUGAGGCUUUAUUACUAUGGAAUGAAACCUACUCCAAAUACAGAAAGUUAAAUUAAUACACUGUCGAAGAAAAUGAAUUUUAAUUGUUUUUUUUUCUAACCUACACUAGCACACAAUAUAAAAUGAAGUUCCCCGGCCGCAGCUGUCUCUAUGAACGCGUGUGCUUAAAAACUCUCAAAUGGAUUCUGAACGGUUUCAAGCGAAAGAUCACACUAUGAUAAAUUAUGGUAUAAUGAUCAUUUUUUGAGCUCGUUAAAAAAUCUUACCUAAAUACACGCAUCAAGCUGCCGGCGGACGCUAGUGAUCUCGCUGCAUAACCGUUUCCUCAGUUCUAACUAGAUCUGAGUAUAUUAAUUGUAGGUGUUUUGGGAAGACUGACAGAUGAAUAUAUAUUGUUUAUAUAUUUUAAGUAGAAUAAAAAUAAAAUUAGUAGUUUAAGGUAGAAUGAAGAAGAAUGAAAAGCACAAACCCAUUUGAAUUAGUCAAUUAGUGGUAGUGCACGUUAGUAUUAAGUGCUAAACAGUGUAAAAAAGACCUUUAAUAGAGACUGUAAGUAGUGUCAUUGGAAACUUUCUUAUGUUAAAGAUCCUUAUUAGCAAAUUGGGUUAUACUUAAAUUACUUAUUAGUGUUAAGUUAGGCUAAAUCGUAAUGUUCGAUGAUAUCUUAGUAAAGACACAUGUAUUAAACAAAUAAGGUAG